CUCUGCGGAGCCGCAUGAACAAUAGGCGGCGGCGGCUCCUGCGGGCGGCGGCAGCCCCGCACCCUAUGGAUCGGCCGCUCCAUGGAGCCCCCCAGAGCGCUUCUCGGCUGCCUGGCGAGCGCCGCCGCUGCCGCGCCGCCGGGGGAGGAUGGAGCGGGGACCGGGGCCGAGGAGGAAGAGGAAGAGGAGGAGGAGGCGGCGGCGGCCCCCGUGGAGCUGGGCUCCGAUGCGCCUCUGCCCUAUUGGACGGCCGUGUUCGAGUACGAGGCGGCCGGCGAGGACGAGCUGACCCUGCGACUGGGCGACGUGGUGGAGGUGCUGUCCAAAGACUCGCAGGUGUCCGGCGACGAGGGCUGGUGGACCGGGCAACUGAACCAGCGGGUGGGCAUCUUCCCCAGCAACUACGUGACCCCGCGCAGCGCCUUCUCCAGCCGCUGCCAGCCCGGCGGCGAGGACCCCAGUUGCUACCCGCCCAUUCAAUUGUUAGAGAUUGAUUUUGCAGAGUUAACCCUGGAAGAGAUCAUCGGCAUCGGGGGCUUUGGGAAAGUCUAUCGUGCUUUCUGGAUAGGCGAUGAGGUUGCCGUAAAAGCAGCUCGCCAUGACCCUGAUGAGGACAUCAGCCAGACCAUAGAGAAUGUACGCCAGGAGGCCAAGCUCUUUGCCAUGCUGAAGCACCCCAACAUCAUUGCCCUUAGGGGAGUGUGUCUGAAGGAACCCAACCUCUGCUUGGUCAUGGAGUUUGCUCGCGGAGGGCCUCUGAAUAGAGUGCUAUCAGGGAAAAGGAUUCCCCCAGACAUCUUGGUGAACUGGGCUGUGCAGAUUGCCAGAGGGAUGAACUACUUACAUGAUGAAGCAAUCGUCCCCAUCAUCCACCGCGACCUUAAGUCCAGCAACAUAUUGAUCCUCCAGAAGGUGGAGAAUGGAGACCUAAGCAACAAGAUUCUGAAGAUCACUGACUUUGGCCUGGCUCGGGAAUGGCACCGAACCACCAAGAUGAGUGCAGCAGGGACAUAUGCUUGGAUGGCACCCGAGGUGAUUCGUGCCUCGAUGUUUUCCAAAGGCAGUGAUGUGUGGAGCUAUGGGGUGCUGCUUUGGGAGCUGCUGACUGGUGAAGUGCCCUUCCGAGGAAUUGAUGGCUUAGCAGUAGCUUAUGGAGUCGCCAUGAACAAACUCGCCCUUCCCAUCCCUUCUACAUGCCCAGAACCUUUUGCCAAACUCAUGGAAGACUGCUGGAAUCCUGACCCCCAUUCACGACCAUCUUUCACAAAUAUCCUGGACCAGCUAACUACCAUAGAGGAGUCUGGCUUCUUUGAAAUGCCCAAGGACUCCUUCCACUGCCUGCAGGAUGACUGGAAACAUGAGAUUCAGGAGAUGUUUGACCAACUCAGGGCUAAAGAAAAGGAGCUCCGCACCUGGGAGGAGGAGCUGACACGGGCAGCGUUGCAGCAGAAGAACCAGGAGGAGCUGUUGCGGCGCCGGGAGCAGGAACUGGCCGAGCGGGAGAUUGACAUUCUGGAACGGGAGCUCAACAUCAUCAUCCACCAGCUGUGCCAGGAGAAGCCCCGGGUGAAGAAACGCAAGGGCAAGUUCAGGAAGAGCCGACUGAAGCUCAAGGACGGCAACCGCAUCAGCCUCCCUUCCGAUUUCCAGCACAAGUUCACAGUGCAGGCCUCCCCAACCAUGGAUAAAAGGAAGAGUCUGAUCAACAACCGUUCCAGUCCUCCUGCAAGCCCCACCAUCAUUCCUCGCCUCCGAGCCAUCCAGUUGACACCAGGUGAAAACAGCAAAACCUGGGGCCGGAGCUCAGUCAUCCCGAAGGAGGAAGGCGAGGAGGAGGAGAAGAGGGCCCCAAAGAAGAAGGGACGGACGUGGGGGCCAAGUACACUUGGUCAGAAGGAACUUGCCUCAGGAGAUGAAGGAUCCCCUCAGAGACGUGAGAAAGCUAAUGGUUUAAGUACCCCAUCAGAAUCUCCACAUUUCCACUUGGGCCUCAAGUCCUUGGUAGAUGGAUACAAACAGUGGUCAUCCAGUGCCCCCAACCUGGGGAAGGGCCCGAGGAGCAGCCCUGCCCUGCCAGGGUUCACCAGCCUUAUGGAAAUGGUUCUUCUUACUGCUGCCUGGACCAUUCCUUUCAUCUUCACAGAGGAUGAGGACAGCGAAGGCCCAAGGAGUGGGGAGAGUCGUCUACAGCAUUCACCCAACCAGUCCUACCUCUGUAUCCCAUUCCCUCGUGGAGAGGAUGGGGAUGGCCCCUGCAGUGAUGGAGUCCAUGAGGAGCCCACCCCAGUCAACUCAGCCACCAGUACCCCUCAGCUGACGCCAACCAAUAGCCUCAAGCGGGGUGGUACCCACCACCGCCGCUGUGAGGUGGCUCUUCUUGGCUGUGGGGCUGUUCUUGCAGCCACAGGCCUAGGGUUUGAUCUGCUGGAAGCUGGCAAGUGCCAGCUGCUUCCCCCGGAAGAGCCUGAGCCACCAGCCCGGGAGGAGAAGAAGAGGCGUGAGGGUCUUUUUCAGAGGGCCAACCGUCCUCGUCGGAGCACCAGCCCCCCCUCCCGAAAGCUCUUCAAGAAGGAGGAACCCAUGCUGUUGCUAGGUGACCCCUCUGCCUCCCUAACGCUGCUCUCUCUCUCCUCCAUCUCUGAGUGCAACUCCACUCGCUCCCUGCUGCGCUCUGACAGCGAUGAGAUCGUGGUGUACGAGAUGCCUAUCAGCCCGGUUGAGGCCCCACCUCUGACCCCCUGCACCCACAAUCCCCUGGUCAAUGUCCGAGUGGAGCGAUUCAAGCGAGACCCCAACCAAUCCUUGACUCCCACCCACGUCACCCUUACGGCCCCCACACAGCCAAAUAGUCACCGACGGACUCCUUCUGACGGGGCCCUUAAGCCAGUGGCUCUUGUAGCCAGCAGAAGCCCCUCCAGCAAUGGGUUGAGCCCCAGUCCUGGAGCAGGAAUGCUGAAAACCCCCAGUCCUAGCCGAGACCCAGGUGAAGUCCCCCGUCUCCCUGACCCCAAUGUGGUCUUUCCCCCAACCCCAAGGCGCUGGAACACACAACAAGACUCUACCUUGGAGAGACCCAAGACCCUGGAGUUUCUGCCUCGGCCACGUCCUUCUGCCAACCGGCAACGGCUGGACCCUUGGUGGUUUGUGUCCCCCAGCCAUGCCCGCAGCGCCUCCCCAGCCAACAGCUCCAGCACGGAGACGCCCAGCAACGUGGAUUCCUGCUUUGCUAGCAGUAGUAGCACUGUGGAGGAGCGGCCUGAACUCCCAGCCCUGCUUCCAUUCCAGGCGGGGUCACUACCCCCUGUUGAGCGGACGCUUCUGGACCUGGACGCCGAGGGGCAGAGUCAGGACAGCACUGUGCCGCUGUGCAGAGCCGAACUGAACACACACAGGCCCGCCCCUUAUGAGAUCCAGCAAGAAUUCUGGUCAUAGCAUGAAAGGGUUGGGGUGGGCAAGGGGGAAGCAGGAGGAUGUAGGGAGAGCUGGCUGGCACAGCCCUUUCUCAGAGUUGGACCCCCUGAGAUCCAGCCCUACUUCUUGCACUGAUAAUGCACUUUGAAGAUAGAAGGGAUGGAAACAGGGCCACUUCAGAGAGUCUCCUGCACUGCAGGGCCUUUCUACCCAUGUCCACUGGAGGGGCUUUGGUCAUCAGCUCUGGCUGUGUAGGGGAGGGAGGGGUGUGUGCAUGUCCCCCAUCCUCCAGUCUUCCUUGCCUUUUGGGUGACCCUGCAGAGUCACUCAGCCAAAUCAGUCUGCUGCUCCCUCUCCUCAGCCAGCUGGGUGUGCCCAGAGCCUGUCCUGCGAUCCCUUUGUUUGCCCUGAGUUCAAGCUUCCCAAACCACCAGUAUUGGAUGUUCUGUGAUUGAUAUUGAUCCUCUUCCAGUAUCCCCCAACACCAUGAUUGAAAUCUCGUUUGGUGUUGAGAUAUGAGCUUUUCUGUAUCCUAAGUCCUUUCCUGUCUGCUGGAGGACUGAAGGCAAGGUGCCCCAGUGUGGGGGCAUAGGAGUGGAUGGACCUGGCACUACUGCUUGCACUUCCACAUGCCCCACCUACUUAUCUGAGCCUACAGGUGGUAUGGGGAGCUGCCUCAGUGAGAAUUGGGGGUAGAGGAAGAGUUAAGAAAGUACAGUCAAGUUGCAGUGAAGUAGGUAACUGUCCUCAUUCCUUCUAGAAAUGCUCAAAGAAGGGUAGAAACCAACACCUGUUGAAGGUAUCCAUCUGCCUACCUGGGGUCAGGACAGGGUCAGACUAGGUUCUGAUACAAACAUAUGCUCAUCCCAGGAGUGGUUUCUUGGGAGACUUAUUCACUGGUGCCAGUUCUGAAGCCAGAGAGAAAGUUCCUGUGUUUGUGCCUUCCGUUGUUUGAUCUUUGUGUGUUAUUCCCUUCCUUUGGUCUUUGCUUUGAUUCCUGAAAUUAGUUGACUUUAGGUUACGUGUUUGGUUGAUAGCAUAUCACUGUGCAGCACCAGAAUAGCAGGUGGGGGUGGGCCCUAGACACGGAGUUGGAAUUUUGGAGUUUCCUUCUCAGCUGAGUCAUCCAUUUUGUGAAGUAGAAUAGGGCCAUUAGUAAUAGCUUUCUUAAAUGGAUGUGGUAAAGGGACGAUGUUUGUAAGGUGCUUAGUGACCCAUUCAUGUACAAUAGACUUCAAGUCCCAAGCGCUGAAAAUUGACCAAGGCCUCCUCUUGUCUGUAUAUACAGGCAGCCCCUUAUGUUGGGCUCUGGACAGGAUAAGAAGGACAACAGAGGCCAACCCUGGAUUUUCUGGAAUUUUUUUCCCUAAUGUGAAUGUGGAGCUUCUUCUGAAGCGUUCUCAUGUGUAUUGUCACCUAUUCCACUUACUCUGAGGCCUCCUGUGUUAUUUGUGGACAUUUGUCUUUAUCCAGAAACCACAGCUGGUUCUUAGGUCAUUCUCCUCUUCCCUCAAGACUCUAAAUGUUGCUCCACUGUUCUUUAUUAUGGAAUAUUGCUCUGGAGAUGUUGGAGGCCAAGUCGGUUCCUUGCAUCUGCUGCCCAGAUGCCAGGAUAGGGAGAGUGCUGCACCUGGUAUAGGUGGUAGAUUUGGUCGCUGCUUUUUCUCUAUAACUGUGAUAUAAGUCUUGCCCUGGGGAUAAACAAAAGGGUUGGCCUGGUUUUAAAAUUGUUUCUUGCUUGAUGAGUCCACUAGCACUUUGGUUCAAGGGCCUCACCAAGUCUUGGGUGGGGAGGCACUAUUGGUUCUGUUGCCCCAGGUUUUGUUAUUGCAUUUCAUUUCUCACCUUCUCUUUGUUCAGCUAAGCCAAUAAGUAAGAGAUUAUUUUUGCCCCACGCCCCUACUCCUAAACUAGGGUGGAAAAGAAAGUGAAUCCUGUCAGCAGUUCUAGCCAACCAGUGACACUUCUUCCUUCUUGAUGGACUUGUUAGUUGCUGCUGAGUUGACUCCAACUCAUGGCGACCUUAUGUAUAACAGAACAAAACAUUCCCAGUCCUGCACCAUCUUCAUGAUGAUUGGUAUGUUUGAGUCCAUUGUUGUGACUUUUUGUCUGUCCAUCUCAUUGAGGUUUUCCUUUGUUUUUGUUGGCCUGCUACUUUACCAAACAUGAUAUCCUCUUCUAGCAAUUGGUCUUGAUGAAGAGAAGAGCACACAUGGUCCAUUCUCUGCCCUUCCCCUGGGUCCUCUGUAACCCCAAUCCCUAAACCACUAACACAUCUAUAAACUGUUGGCCACACUAAAUGGAUCUCUGGUGGGGUACAGCCUCCAAACCAUGCUGACUCUGGACAAUAUUCUGUGGUAUCAAGCAGAGAUUUUUCCUUUGUCAUUUUGUUAGGCUUCAGCCAUCUUUCUUGGAAGUCCUUGGUGUAAACUGGAUGAUGGUCACCUGCAAUUGAGUGAGAGGUUGAACCCAAAGGAUGAGUAAAAUCUCUUUGGGAAGGGAAAUUGCAGAAGCAGGGCUAUUCCAAAGAUAAUGCUGUGAGCUUUCAUGAAGAUGGAGGAGGUACCAUCUCUCAGUUCCUGCUAAAUCUUCAGUCGCUGACAGCCCCCUGCCUGCAGCACUGUCUUUGAGGAGCAAGGCUGGAGAUGGGUUAAGGAUCUAAUAAUACAGUAGCAGAUUUGAGUUGCUUUCUGUCCACUCAGUUUCCUUGCCCUAUGGUUGUGGUCAGGAGCUGGCCUUGAAGCUGUGGAUGAAGUAUGAUGGUAGCUUGCCUUCCCCUUCUCCCUUUCUUUUCUUUCCCGAGUGAUGUUUUUGUUCUGCUGUCAGCAAUGUACUUACUAUGUAGAAGAUAGUGAUAGGAAACAGAUAUUGCUCUCUGCCCCUUUUCCUGGGAUCCUUCAGCUCCUACCACUGAUUCCAAACAGAACUAUUCUCUGUUUACUCCCUUGGGGAUCCAGGCCCUGCAAAGGGGCUGAGUAGAUGUCCAUGUUAUCUAUGUUAUUUCUAAGAGGCUUCGGAGGAUGCUCUUAUCUUGGUAUUCUUUGGCAUCCCCAAGGUCUGGUCAUAACAAUAGUAGUAAUAAUAAUAAUAAGAACAACAGUAAUAUCUUAGAGUUGGACAACUUGGGAUAGUUCUAACCUUUUCUCCUGACCUUGACAAAAUUGCAUAAUUUUCCUUCUACAUUUGGUCUACUUGCCUGUAGAGAAGUCGAUGCUACAAGAUGAAAAUUCAAGUGAAAAGAAAUUAGAAAGAUAUUUGGACUGAUUGCUAAGUCUGGCACCAGGCUCUGAGACCUGAACAAGCUGGUCCUAUUCCCCUUUUGCUGGGUGACCUUGGGCUGAUCUCUUAGCCCAUCUCAGAUUUCCUUCCUGAAAAACCAAUCGUCACAUGCUUCCCUCACGAGGGCAAUGGGAGCCUGUAUCAGAGAAGGUCAGUGAAGCACUGUGGCUCCUUGCCAGCUCCUAGAGGAAGUUUCCUCCACCUUUACAGGAGGAAUUGCUGAAGUUGACAAAAUGUGGCUCUCACCACCUCUAGGGUACUUGCCUUUUGUUUUUUCCUUUGGCUUCUGAAAGAGGAGUGAUUUGGAGUUUGCUUAGUAUAACUAAUGGGAACCACGGUCAGAGACGAGCUCUUCUAUUGCAUAUAUGUAGCACCUGGUGUUUACAAGCGUCCUUUCCUAAUUCCUCCACUUGU